AACUCGCUGUUUAUACUUUUAUUGUUGUAGCUGUUGCUGCUACUGCUUUAUUUGUUGUCCAUCCAGGUUAACUACAUAGUCUGGUAAUUGUGAUCGCGAAAUUCAGUCUUAGAUCAGACCUGAGGAUCAGUCGUUGUCACUCAAUUGCAAUUAAGGUUUCCUAUUAUUUGAAAGAUAGUUCUUCCUAAGAUCGGUACUGGUACUUCUGAGGAGACUCUGGACUAGUGGACGUGCAACAACGGCGGGAAUUAAUGUUUCUUAAAUGAACAAAAAACGAAACGACUGCGCAGCUCUGGAAAACUUGUCAUCAAAAUAAUAUAUGCAUAUAUAACCGUUUAUCUAAAAUUUUUUUCAAACUUAUGUUUAAUUUUCGGGUUUUUUGUUAAUUAUUAAUAAUCAAACCAAAUAAAUUAAAAACCAAUAAAUUUUAAUCUAUUGCAAAAAAAAAUGUGGUAAUAGCCAAGUAAUCAAUAACUUAUGAAUGUGUUGUGGACGUCCUUUGUAAAAAUCGCAGCAUUUUGUUAAUUUAAAGAAUUUGGUGACGGAAAGUGUUGUGAAUUUAAAAGGAAGAAAAUCAGUUAAAUACGAUGACGAACAUUGCGCUUGUGAAAUUCUGGGAAAAAUGCAAAAAUCCGCCGACACGGCUGUUCAUCGCAGUCAUGUUGUUUCUCGCUUGCCUCGUUGCAUACAUGACAAGAGUCAAUUUUUCCAUACUUAUUGUCGCCAUGGUGAAAUCGACGAAUCCAAACAUCACUGCACCGGACUAUGGACCCCGUUUUGAUUGGUCGCAGCAAGAUCAAAGCCUUCUACUAGGAGCGUACUUUUGGGGUUACAUGAUUACAUCACUAAUGGGUGGAAUCCUUGCCGCUGUUUUUGGGGGUCGAAAUUUAGUUGCAGGCUGCUUGAUUCUGAGUGGAAUACUCACAUCUUUUACACCGUACUUGGCAAUAUGGAACUUCUGGUCGGUGAUUGUUGUACGGUUCAUCUUAGGUCUUUUUGGGGGUCCUCUCUAUCCAGGCUUUCACGAUUUAAUUUCGAAAUGGGCCCCGCCUGAUGAGAAAGGAAAAUUUGUGUCAGCGUUAAUGGGUGGAACGUUUGGAACUGUUGUCACCUGGCCCUUGUGUGGUCUAAUGACAGAGAGUCUGGGAUAUACAUGGUCAUUUCAUAUGACUGCCAUCAUUUGUGCAAUUGUUGGAGUAAUUUUCUUAAUCGUGGUUGCCGAUAGGCCAGAGAAACACAAGCACAUUACAGAGACCGAACGCGAGUAUAUUGUCAAUAGUUUGAAGGAAAAUGUUACGAAACAAUCGAAAUUCCCACCUCUCAAACAUGCUUUGAUGUCACUACCAUUUUGGGCCCUACUUGUUUUGCACUAUGGUAACAUGUGGGGGUUGUUCUUCUUGCUUACGGCUGCUCCCAAGUUUAUGGCAGAGGUUUUAGGCUUCAAGCUUACACAGGCUGGUUUUCUUUCAAGUUUGCCGUAUUUGGCCAGGUUAAUUUCGGCCUUUAUUUUCGGACAAAUAGGUGACACUAUAAGGCGGAAAUCGUGGAUGUCGGUUACUUUCAUGAGGAAGUUCUUUUGUAUUUUUUCACAUAUCAUUCCUGGUGGAUUACUAAUGGUAAUGGCAUUCGGCGGACGAACUGCAGCUGUUUGCGUCGCACUCAUGACACUAUCCCUAGGUUUUAACGGGGCUGCUACCCUAACGAAUCUAGCGAACUCGCAGGACCUUGCGCCAAACUAUGCCGGCUCACUGUAUGGAAUCAUAAAUUUCGUUGGAACGACACCAGGAUUCUUUUCUCCCAUGAUCGUUGCUUAUUUCACACAGGACCAGAAUACGAUAGAUGAAUGGAUGUGGGUAUUCAUCACAGGAGCAGUGGUCUAUGUGAUACCGUCAUUAUUCUUCAUGAUAUUUGGAAGUGGUAUGGUGCAAUAUUGGAACGAUAUGCUUAAGAGCGAGGUGAAAAAAGAAGAUCCUGAGAAGACCAGUUAGGAUAAAAAAAAAUUCAACUGGAAUUUAGGUUUCAUAAAAACACAUAGACUUGGUUUUAACGCACUUUUAGAUUGCACUGCGUUCUACUUAGAAAGUGCCUUGACUCCGAUAUAUCUCAUAAGUUUGUCAACAUUUGGAAGUCUCAGUAUUAGCCGCCAAUACACCAAGAAGAUAAAAAACGGUCCACCAGAAAUUUAAAUUUUAGACUACUUUAAAUUGUUAAUUUUAAGUCAUGUUCUAAUCGACAAGUACAUCAAAAGCUUACCUUUAUAGUUGUUAUAAUUACUAUACUUGUAUUUAAUUAUGCUACGUCAUAUGGAAACCACCCGUUAUCAUGUACAUACAUAUUGGUCUCAUUGAAAAAAAAAAGUUUGUAUAUUUCCUUUUAUUUUUAGACACUGAAUGAAUGUUUAAAACUUCAGGUAACAGGCGUAAACUUAUCUGUGUUUAUAGCAAUCCAAAAACAGACGACACAUUAACAAUCUAUAAUAUAUGUAUAUUUAUUUAGAUAAAAUGUAAAACUAUGUAAGUGUAUUUGUAGACAUAACUCGAAUAAAUGCCGGAUGCUAUGAUU